AUGGACGUCCCCACCGUUUCGGCAAGACUUCCGGGGAUGAAUAUCGUCGCAAUGGCAUGGGCUUUUGGAAUAAUGGCCGAUGUCCCCAGUGUGUAUGUUCUGGCAAACCCACCUGAGCCUCCCAGUGUGGAUGACGGCCCCGAGGAGAUCCUUUGGAAGAUCGCCAGAGGCUGGGGUUUGACUUUCGGGCCGGUCUUUGCCGUCGUGCUUGUAGUGCUCCUCAGAGCCAUACUCCCCAGUGAGAAGCGAGUGGCUUUCGUCACUCUCGUGUUCACGAUGUCACUCGUGGCCAUGCUUCUACUAAAGCUGUUUAUCAGGGACGAUACGUGGAGCGUGUUGGACAUGCUGGCACUAUGUGUUUCCUUCUGCGGAGUUGCCGCGUAUAUAAUCGCCACUGAGCCCACGGGCAGGAAUGUAGCCGGUGAGGGCCUCGACUUGGAGGGCGGUCGUCCUCAGUAUCCCCAGGAAAAUCUAGGGAUAAAUUCACCCAGCCAGCCUCCUCGGGCACCUCAACCCGAGGGCGAGGCGGAUGACGACUCCGCAGUCGCUCAGUCCUCUAUUCGGACCGAUGGCCCAUUCGUCAUUGGCGACGAUAGUACGCUAGGCGAUGGGGAAUCACGCAUCUGA